AUGACGAGUGACAAUUAUCAAAUACAAAAUAUAUUAAGCUACACAAGAAAAUCUUACAAGAAAAAUCAAAAUGGGACGUCCUUACAUGCGUUCUCAAGUGAUAGAAGAGAAGAUGUCAAUGACGAAUUGCUUGAAUCGCCAAGAAGCGAUAGAGUGACUGCAGAUACUGCAAGUUGUAGUUGCGAUUUAGAUACAGAAGUUGAAAUUGCUAACAUUCUUCGCAAAAAAUAUCCUGUUAUUGCAUUGGCUCAACAGCAAUUCCAACGGAUUUUGGACGAAACUGAUAAGUUGCUUUGUGAUAAUACUCAGUGUUGCAGGUCAAAACAUGAUUAUUUCCUUAUAUGUAAAGAAUUAUUAUGGAAACAAAAUAAAUGCCAAUGUAUGCUUAUAAUUGUCAUAAUAUUCACUUUUCUCAUCGGCCUUAUACUCGGCGCAGCUUCGUGUGGAACAAACCUUCGAAAAUUUAAUAGUCCUAUACUUACAUGUAUUGAUAAUUUAUUCAUACCUGAGACGCAUUCAGCCCAUGAUGAUUCAUUUAGUGCUAUUGUUUGAAAUAAAAAAUCUGUAACUUGUAGAUAUUAAUAUAAUAAAUUAAUUUUAAUAAAUAAAUUAUAAUUCGUAAUAUACAUGUAAUUUAUAUUUAGUGUUAUUAUUGGAUUAAUGGACAAAAACUUUCUUCCUCGUAAUAAAUCCAGAAUGAUAGACGCAUUUGAAUAUUACAUAGGUACAUACAAUAUUAUUUUACCUAACUAAAAUCUAUUUAUUCAA